GCGCCAAUCUCCUCCUCCUCCCGCCCACAGCCAUGGCCGACCUGGACGACGGCGACGAGCCGGGCGUCUCCGCUUCCCACGCGGGUUUCUCCGUCUCAAGGGCGAGCGGCGGCGACAAGAUGUUCUCGCUGAAGAAGUGGAACGCCGUGGCCAUGUGGAGCUGGGACGUCGAGUGCGACACCUGCGCCAUCUGCCGCGUGCAGGUCAUGGAUGCCUGUCUUAGAUGUCAAGCUGAAAACAAACAAGAAGAUUGUGUUGUGGUCUGGGGAGAAUGUAAUCAUUCCUUCCACAAUUGCUGCAUGUCACUGUGGGUGAAACAGAACAAUCGUUGUCCACUCUGCCAACAGGACUGGGUAGUUCAAAGAAUAGGCAAAUAAAAGCACUGGCAAUUCUUCUGCUGAACUUAUUAAGAACAUUAAACAACUGAUGCCAUAUUCACCUAUGAAAAACAACUGCUCAGUAUGUGGCAGAAUUUAUUUAUUUAGGUCUACAGAGUUUUAUGAUCUUGUUUUAAUUUUUUUUUUGUUUUCAUGAUCUGUUGGAUCCUUCUUCAGGAUUGUACUAGCAAGAACACAAGUGCACAAUAUUGAAGAAUGUAUCUAAAUGUUUGCUGUGAAUUUUGUAAAAUUACUUAGCAAAGUGUUAGGGCUGUUGAAGCCCACAAGUACACUAUAAUCUAAGCAAUUACACCUAAAAGACCACUGUUUUCUGGAAACGGUUAUUUAACUGAAAUAAAUAGGUGUGGACACAUUUGUUUUUACUUUUUGCUUUGUUUCAUUAAGAUGAAACCUGCCUUUUGGCUUUGAAUGCUAUCUGUUUCUAAGAUAUUUUAAAGGUUAAAAUGAGUUUACAGUCCUUUCAAAAUAUGUACUGUAAUUCACAGUAUUAAAACAUUACUCUUAA